CGGGGGGGUACACACACAGAGGGACACUGACCGUUGCCGGCGGCAGAGGGCAGAGGCAUGGCGGCACCGGGGCAGCUGGCACAGACCCCCCUGCAAAAAACGUGGGUCCCCCUCCGUGCCCACACCUUGAAACGGGGAUCCUCUGUCCCCCAGUUUACCAACUGCCCCACCAUGGUGAUCAUGGUGGGGCUGCCAGCCCGUGGCAAGACCUACAUGUCCCGUAAGCUCACACGUUAUCUCAACUGGAUUGGCACCCCGACACGUGUGUUUAACGUGGGGCAGUACCGGCGUGAAGCUGUGCAAAGCUAUAAGAACUACGAGUUUUUCCGUCACGAUAACCAGGAGGCCAUGCAAAUCCGCAGGCACUGCGCGCUGGCAGCCCUGAAGGAUGUCCAGACCUAUCUGAACUCUGAGGAGGGACAAGUGGCAGUGUUUGAUGCCACCAACACAACACGGGAACGCCGAGCCCUCAUCCUGCAGUUUGCAAAGGAGAAUGGCUACAAGGUUCUGUUUGUCGAAUCCAUUUGCAAUGACCCUGCCAUCAUCGAGGAGAACAUCAAGCAAGUGAAGCUGAGCAGCCCCGACUACAAGGGCUGCGCUCAGGAGGAGGUGGUGGCUGACUUCCUCAAGCGCAUCGAGUGCUACAAAGCCACCUACGAGCCCCUGGACGAGGAGCUGGACAGCGGGCUGUCCUACAUCAAGAUCUUUGAAGCGGGACUGCGGUACCUGGCGAACCGGGUGCAGGGCCACAUCCAGAGCCGCACCGUCUACUACCUGAUGAACAUCCACGUCACGCCCCGCACCAUCUACCUCAGCCGCCAUGGCGAGAGCCAGCUCAACCUGCGGGGACGCAUCGGGGGGGACUCAGGGCUGUCCCCUCGGGGGGCAGAGUAUGCCCAGGCCCUGGCCCAGUUCCUCUGUGGGCAGCACAUCCAGGACCUGAAGGUCUGGACCAGCCACAUGAAACGCACCAUCGAGACAGCCGAAGCCCUGGGGGUGCCCUACGAGCAGUGGAAAGCCCUCAACGAGAUCGAUGCCGGCGUCUGUGAGGAGAUGACCUACGAGGAAAUCCAGGAGCGCUACCCCAAAGAAUUUGCCCUACGGGACCAGGAUAAAUAUCGCUACCGCUAUCCCAAAGGCGAGUCAUACGAAGACCUGGUGCAGCGGCUGGAGCCCGUCAUCAUGGAGCUGGAGCGGCAGGAGAACGUGCUGGUCAUCUGCCACCAAGCUGUCAUGCGCUGCCUGCUGGCUUACUUCUUGGAUAAGAGCGCAGAUGAACUGCCCUACCUCAAGUGUCCCCUGCACACCGUGCUCAAGCUGACACCCGUGGCUUAUGGGUGCGAGGUAGAAUCCAUCUUCCUCAACAUUGAAGCAGUCAACACCCACCGGGAACGACCCGAGAACGUCGACAUCAGCCGUCCCCCAGCUGAAGCCCUGGUCACCGUCCCCAAGCAUUAUUGAGGGGUCCCCCCCAGGGCAGGGGGGGGGCUCCCCAGAUUCCAGCUUAAUGAAGCACCGAGUUAUGAGGCA